UUCUUUUUCACAAAAAAUUUAUGGAUUUUGUCUUUGUACAAUUAUUUUAACCUUAUGAUUGAUAAAGUCUAGUUUUUUCUUUGUGGGUCUAGAAUUGUUUAAUCCAUGAUGGUUUUGGAUUGGUUUAUACCCAAUUUGGUGAUGCUAUAGUUAUUCUGAUUCUGGCAAAAAUCUAUGUUUUUUCUUCUUCUUCUUCUUUGUUUUGUUGAUUACUGUAAAAAGGAGUUGACUUUAUCUUUUAUUGUUUACGGGUAUUUUUUAUCUUUAUGGUUUGUGUUGAAAUUAUUUUUGUACUGCAGGGUUAUAUAGGAUUGACUGGUAAUGGUGAUUUUGAUGUUUGGAAAUGCUUUCAUGUUCAUUUUCAUCAUGAACUUUGUGCUUAUGAUGAAGCUUAACUACAUUGAUUAUUUUGAUUGAUGAUUUUUUUAUGUUGAAGUAUGUUGAUUUUGGGCCUGUUUGGAUAAAUAUCUUAUUUGUGGCUUAUAACACAAGCACCUAUCAUGAUAAGCGCUUAUGUAUAAGUUUACGUAAGCUAUUUUUAUAAGCUAUAUUAGAGAACAUAUGAAAAUCAGCUGAAAAAAUACUUAUGAAAUUGUCAUAAGCUGUUUUCAUAAGUUCUCCCAAACAGUCCAACAAAACUUAUGCAAGUAGUUAAGCUCAAAUAAGCCAAUCCAAAGAGGUCAUUUGUUAUCUUGUGUCAUAACGUCGAAGUAGAAUUUGUGCUGUCAACACAAGCUACUUUGUUCUUGAUUACUUGUGUUGAUAUAUAACAAUUUGUUAUGAGGCUUGACUGAUAAUGGUGAUUGUGAUGUUUGUAAAUGUUUUCAUAUCAAUCAUGAACUUUGUGCUUAUGAUGAUGAAGCUUAACUACAUUGACUUUUUUUACGGAUAUGAUUUUGUUGAGUCGAAGUAUGUUUAUUUUGUUAUCUUGUGUUAUUAUGUUGAAGUAGAAUAUGUUCUGUCAACACAAGCUACUUUGUUUAUGAUUACUUUUGUUGAUAUACAACAAUUUUUAACGAGGCUUGAUUGAUAAUGGUGAUUGUAAUGUUUGGAAAUGCUUUCAUGUUCUCCAUCACGAGCUUUGUGCUUAUGAUGAAGCUUAGCUACAUUGAUUAUCUUGUUGGAUGUGAUUGUAUUGAGUUGAAGUAUGUUGAUUUUGUUAUCUUGUGUGAUGAUGUAGAAGUAGAAUUUGUGCUUGUUGACAUACCAACAAUUUUUUCUGUCAUAGAUAAAGGUGAUUGCAUCUUAAACAGUUGAUCAUUCUGCCUAUAGGUUGCUUAGGCUUUAUCAUUGUUGUGUUAGAUAUAGGACUCCUAAGGGCAUAAGUUAUAAAAUAUUAGUUGUUUAUUUAAUAUAUUAAUUAGUAACUGUUACAUAGUAAUUGUUAUCUGCAGAACUUCUAUGUAACUGUUAUAGUGAGUUACUAUUAUAAAUAAAGAUGCAGAGGAAAAGGGAGGGCAUUGGGUAUUUUGUAUGUGGGUUGGUUUGGGAGAGACUAGGCUCUCUAAUUCCUAGAGAAUUGUGCAUUGUGGUUUGAAACAACCAAACCAGUAACAGAACCAUGUUCCAUCAUCAAACCAACAUCAUUAUUCUCCUCCGAACCUCCUCAAAAAGACACUAUUGUCUAUGGUCAAGUAAAAAAGACCCAGACUUAGAAUCAGCAUUAUCGCGAAACAAACGUUGGAUAAUUAACAACCAAAUCAAAAACAUUAUCCUCCGUUACCCUAACAACCAAAUCCCAAUUCAAACUCUUCAGAAGAAAUUCAAAACCCUAGAUCUUCAAGGUAAAGCCCUUAACUGGAUUUCCAAAUACCCUUCUUGCUUCCAGUUUCAUCAAGAUCACGUUCUUCUUACUAAACGCAUGAUGGAGCUUGUUCAUGAAGAACAAUCCUUGAAAGAUUCUCUUGAAUCUGUUUUUGUUCCACGUCUCGCCAAAUUGCUCAUGCUUUCUUUGAAUAAUUGUUUGAAUGUUAUGAAGAUCAAUGAAAUUAAGAAUAGUUUAGGCUUUCCUGAUGAUUAUUUGAUUGGGAUUGUGGCGAAAUAUCCGGAUUUGUUUCGAAUUAGGAAUGAGAGUGGGAGGAGAAGUUCUAUGGUGGUUGAGUUGAUGAAAUGGAACCCUGAUUUUGCUGUUUCUGAAGUUGAGGCUUUGGCGAUGAAGAACGGGGUUGAGGUGAAUUUUUCGUGUUGUUUGCCUUCUAGUUGGGUGAAAUCAUUGGAGAAAUUUCAUGAAUUUGAGUUGGUUCCUUAUGUUUCGCCUUAUUCUGAUCCGAGGGGGUUGGUGGAAGGGUCUAAGGAAAUGGAGAAAAGGAAUGUGGGUUUGGUUCAUGAGUUGUUGUCAUUGACUCUUUGGAAGAAGAUUUCAAUUAUGAAAUUGGGUCAUUUUAAAAGGGAGUUUUUUUUGCCUGAUAAGGUGAAUGUUUUGUUGCUUAAGCAUCCUGGGAUUUUUUAUGUUUCUAAUAAGUAUAGGAUUUAUACUGUUUUACUUAGAGAAGGGUAUGUUGGGUCUCAAUUAGUUGAUAAGGAUCCUCUUGUGGUUGUUAAAGAGAAAUUUGGGGAGAUUAUGCAGGAAGGGCUUCAUGAGUAUAACCAGAGGCGGCGACUUGUUAAUAUCGAAAAGAAGAGAAAUAAAGGUCUUCCUUUGAAUAGGGUGGAUGAGGAUCACAUGAAGGGUAGAAGAAGGAGAAGAAACAGGGAAGUGUCUGAUGAAGAUGAUGAGGUUGAGCGAGAAAAUGGUAAUAAGCUGGGAGGGUUGCUUGACCCUGAAGAAAGAAAAAGGUUUUAUAAAGUUCUUUUUUAUGAUGAUGGUUCAUGAAUGAAGAUUUGCUUAGCCUAGGACCUAGGUGUGGUGCAUGGGACAGUGUUUCAAAAAUCAAACGAACAAAACUGGACGGUUUAAUUGGCUGAACUUUGAGCUGUUUUUCAUCAGAGUUUGGUUGUUUUUGUUGAUUGAAUGUGGUUUUGUCCCAGCUAAAUGCGGUUGAAUCUAACCAAAACAGAAAUCUCGUCGCUUCAAUGUUCGGUUGUUUUUGCGGAUUGACUGCAGUUUUGUCCCUGUUGAAUCUGAUCAAAACAGAAGUCUCGUCCCUCUUCAAUGUUUGGUUAUUUUUUAUAACAUUGAUAUGUAACAUAGUAUGAUGCAUUUGAUUUACAUAAUAAUUUAGAUAGAGGUGAUUGCAUUGCAGUGCAGUGCAUCCUAUCUUUCCUUGAAAUUGAAUCAGGCUUGUCGUACUGGUUGUUAAUAAGGCAGAAUAGUCUUGAAACUUCCAUUCUAGGCUGACUGUGAUGAUUUUUGAGUCUCACUGGACAAGUUAUUUGUUAAUUUGUUCUUUGUAGCAGGUUUAGAGAUUAAGGGGCAGAUUAGUUUGAGCAGUUCAUAGUAUUUUGAAGUUUUCCUAUGUUAUGCUUUAGGCCAGGAUAGUAUUUAUAAGGUGAAUGCCAUUUGGUUUGCCUUUACAUACAAAACACAGGAUAGCAGUGACCUGCAUGUAUGUAAGCAAUGUCCAAUUCUUAAUAUUAAAUUCUUUCAUGUAAUGAUUUCAUAGAAAUCACAUUGAUAAAUAAUUGUGAACUGCAAUUGCUAAUAUGUAAGCAUGGUUAUUAAAAAAAUCAUCAAAGAGAGACAUGUUUUACGCUGUU